GCGAGAUAUUUCCACUCCAGUGCCCGGAGGCCAGGCCAGAGCCACAGAUAUUUCCACUCCAGUGCCCGCGGAACCCCACCGUAUUCGAAUAAAUCGAAUUGUGUGUUGUCAUCGAUUCUCAUCAAGCGGCUUAAAAGCUGUGCUGUAACUGAGGAAUGACACUACACAGUGUAUGUCUUUGAUGUGAUUUCGUGUAUGUCUUGAUUUUUCUUUUUAAGUCAGUAUCUGUUGAAUUAACCUCGGUAAAAAAUAUUUCCUCUUCUGUUUCUCUGUUUUUAUUCCAAGAUGACUCUGUCAAGAAAUGGAGGCCGAAAGCUGGCGCAAUUUCUCAAGAAAGGAAAGCAGAAAGGGUACAAGUAAUGAAGUGAACGUGAGAACCCUCUCCUCCUUUAUUCUCUUGUUGACUGUUCCUCUCUUGCCGACUAGUUAAGUGAAAUCUGGGCUUCCUUUCGUUUGUCUUUCCAAUUGGUCCCGAUUCAUUGCCCACGUCGUCUAGUCUUUAUUGAAUUCGCGUGAAGACUUGAAGCUGCAAAUUGAAUUGAUUGACUUGUCACAGUGUACGAUCGGUUAAGUCUUCAAGGUCCGAAGGACAGUCCAAAGGUUUUGAGAGUUGGGGUUUUCGUUUGAUCAGUUGCGUGAACCAAAGAGCUGAAAAUGGACUCCGGGUUUUUGUUUUCGAGCUCGAAUUAGGUCUGGGUUUUCUGCUGCUCAUUCGGUUGAAGUUGCAAGUUGUUCAGUACAACCUGGUUAGCAUAUAAAAGGAGUUAAAAUUUAUUUUUUAGAAGAGUAGUUUGGAAGAGAUUCAGAAAGAUGGCAGUCUUAUAGCUACCUGUUCUAUUUGGUGGGUGUAGAUGGCCAUUCCCUCACUGGAAACAAACUGUGCAGGACAAACUGAGGCUUACCCUUUGCUAAUGGAGCACCUAGAUAACCAUAAUGAUCAUGAACAUGUCAUUGAUAUUGUGAGGGAUGGUGAUGCUUCCUUGUCGGACUCUUCUCAUGGCAAUCCUUCACUUGGUUUGGACCUUCCUCAGCAUGAAGACAGACCUUCAAGUAGCACUCAUGCUCCCACAUCUCAAUCUUCAUCAUCUUCCUCAAAUGGAUUGGAUUCCAGAAACUCCUCUUUCAUUAGGAGAGGUGAUGGGUAUGGCCGUCACCACAGGAGCCCCUUGAAUUCUGGGUUAUGGAUUUCCAUUGAGCUAGUUGUCACUGUGAGCCAGAUUAUUGCAUCCAUUGUUGUUUUAUCUCUGUCAAGACAUGAGAAUCCGCAUGCUCCUUUAUUUGCAUGGGUUGUGGGUUAUUCAUCUGGGUGUGUUGCAAUUCUUCCUCUUCUUUACUGGCGUUAUCGCCGCUGCAACAGUCAAGCACUUGAACAAGGCCCAAUGCAGCAACGUAAUGGUUCUCAAAGCAACCCUAAUUUGGAACCUACCUCUUAUACCACAACCUCAGUUAAUCAUGCCCCAGAAGAUGAAGAUGAUCAUACAACUGUAUCAGCUGCCUGGAAUGGUCAAAAUGUGGGAACUCAAAGUGUAAGGUUUAAUGUGUUAGUUGAUCACUUCAAGAUGGCCUUAGAUUGCUUCUUUGCGGUGUGGUUUGUUAUUGGCAAUGUCUGGAUAUUUGGUGGUCAUUCAUCUUCUUCUGAUGCUCCCAACUUGUACAGAUUAUGUAUAGUGUUCCUUACCUUUAGCUGCAUUGGGUAUGCCAUGCCUUUCAUUCUAUGUGCAACAAUCUGCUGCUGCUUACCAUGUAUAAUUUCUAUUCUGGGCUUCCGGGAGGAUCUUACUCAAACUAGAGGUGCCACCUCAGAAUCCAUCAAUUCUUUGCCAACCUACAAGUUUAAGUUGAAGAAAACUCAAAAUAGGGAUGGAAGAGAAACUGUCAACUCAGAAGGAGUGGGUGAAGGAGGGGUGUUGGCAGCAGGAACAGAAAAAGAGCGUGUGAUCUCAGGAGAAGAUGCGGUAUGCUGCAUUUGCCUAGCAAGAUAUGCCAAUAAUGAUGAGCUGAGAGAGUUGCCUUGCUCCCAUUUCUUUCAUAGGGAGUGUGUGGAUAAAUGGCUGAAAAUCAAUGCAUUAUGCCCCCUAUGCAAGUCUGAUGUUGGUUGGAGAAGGCAGUAGGGGCUUGUCAUCAGCUGCAAACUCCAGCCGUAGCCCCAGUGAGAGAAGAGUGGGUAAUUGGUUCACUGAUGGAGACAUAGGGGGGAGCAAUAAGUUAGAAUCAAGAAAUCUGGACCCCCUUGGUAAAUACUUAUGUAUUGAAUGAUAUUGCCCGUUUGAAAUCAAUAUAUAUAUAUCAAAGUGAAAGGGGGGAAUGAGGUGUGGAAUGGAAUCUAUAUGCGCUACAUGGAUAGGCUGAGCAUUGAGAGAAUGGUAUCACACAGUGGAAUUGCCAUUCAUGUGAAGCCCUUUGCAUUUAUUCACAUAUGUCUAUGUCUUAACUGUGUGAAGUAUACAUGGCUUUCUUGAAAAAGGCAUGUCAUAUCUUGGUUCUCACCUUUGUCAUUUCACAGUUCACAUUAUUGCCCUGUUUUCCUUUUUGGCUCUACUACUUGUAGUGUUACAAUCUUAGUUGUUACAGCUGUUACAAGUGGAUGGCAGUUGUGACAAGUGGCUGCUGAUGUGGCCUCUUCUUGUAACUGACUAACUGCCUUCUGUUGGCCUGUUCCAACAGUCUUCACAGUCCAAUUGAGUGGCAGUUGUUACAAGUGGCUGGUUAGUUGAGCUGAUGUGGCCUCCUCUUGUAAAACUAACUAACUGCCUUCUGUUGGUCUGUUCCAACAGUCUUGACAAUCCCCCCUUCCUUUAGAGCGACCUUGCCCUCAAGGUCUAAUGCAGGAAAUUUGAUUGUAGAUCUAAGUAGGGAAAUUUGAGUCCAUGCGCAUGAAUAUGGGCUGAUCUAGGUCUCCUCUUUGCUUUGUCAGUGUUGCAAGACUGAUGGGCCUGGGCCCUUGCAUGUCUGCCCUUGUAGAUGGACUGCAGAGUUUCUUGAUGUGAAGUCCAUGGUGAGACGGGCCCAGUUACAGACCACGGGUCCUAGCUGUCUUAACCAUUGAAUGCCUAGUACCACGUCCACUCCACUGAGAUGGAGAGGAUAUAGGUCCACCGCAAACUGAUGACCCUGGAUCUUUAGUGGUAGGCUCAUGCAAAUGCUAUUGCAAGAGAGGCUGUUACCGUUGGCCACAUGAACCGUAAAUGCUGUUGUUGGCUGAACCGGAAGUCCCAUUUUAUCUACCAAGACAUGGGUUAUGAAGUUAAGGGAGUUGCCACUGUCUAUGAGGAUUGACACUUUGGCGCCCUAGAAUCAGCCCUGCAACUCUCAUUGUUUGAGGGGACGCAAGUUCCGUAAGGGCUUGUAAGGAUAUUUCAGGCGUGCCAUUGGAUUGUAUUUCCCAACCUGGGUUAGAUUCUCCGCAACCGGGGAUGUCGUCUUCCCGGCCCAAAUUUCUCUUCGCAGUUGUAACAGAGACCUUUGUCUCUAUGGGCUUGCAUCUUUGCCCAAGUCAGUUGUUUGAAAGGAACUAGUGGGCCUGGGCCCAGUACUCCUUCCUCCUUGUCUGGUGCUGUUGUAUUUUCUUUCUCCCUUCUUGCUUCUGGACCCCAUAGUCGCUGCACCAUUCUUGCUAGACUGAACUUGUCCUCAUACAAUCUUGCUAGUGCUACUGCAUUGAUGAUGGAAGUGGGCUGCAUCGCCUUCACUUCCAGUCGCAAUUCUUCCUUUAGGCCGUCGACGAAGCUUCCCACUAGCGCCUUCUCAGCCCAUCCUUGGACUCUCACGGCUAGCCUUUUGAACUCCAUCUGGUAUUCUUUUACUGAUCCCACCUGCCGCAGUUUUGCCAAGUUUUCAUCAAGAUCUUCGAACCCAAAUGAUCCAAACGGACAGUCAUGGUGUCCGUGAAGUUUGCCCAGGUUUGACGGGGGUGCCCCCUUUGGUACCAUUGAAACUAGAGGAUAGCUUCCCCUUCAAGAUGCACAGAAGCCAGAGCUACCUUAUCCUGUUCUGGUGUUUCAUGGUAAUCAAAAUACCUUUCUGCUCUGAUAAUCCAGGGGGUUAGGUCGCCGCCUGAGAAUAUGGGGAAGUCGAUUUUGGCUAUUCGUGUUGUCGCCCCUGUUCUACGACUGUUUUCAUUGCCGCGCUCUUCGGGGCUUCCUCUGUCAAUGUUUGUUGCCCCCUGCUCCAGUCGAUGGAGGAGAGCAGUGAAGCUUUCCUUCAUUUCUUUGAGAUCUGAAGACAUUCGAUGGAUCUCUACCUCCAUCUGAUCCACUCGGGUGUCUACUGAUGUGUUUCUUGUGUUGGUCAUGCUGGCUCUGAUACCAAAUUGUUAGGAACCUGCCUAACUCAGGGCUCUUCGAGGGGCCAACCUCCUGAAUUCUUGGAAGGAGAGAGAGAGAGAGAGAGUUUAAUGCUGAAAGAGUCUUUAAUUCUGAAAGCGUCCUCCUUUAUUCCUUUUUGGCUCUACUACUUAUAGUGUUACAAUCUUGGCUGUUACAGCUGUUACAAGUGUAUGGCAGUUGUGACAAGUGGCUGCUGAUGUGGCCUCUUCUUCUAACUGACUAAUUGCCUUCUGUUGGUCUGUUCCAACAGUCUUCACAGUCCAAUUGGGUGGCAGUUGUUACAAGUGGAUGGCGGUUAUUACAAGUGGCUGGUUAGUUGAGCUGAUGUGGCAUCCUCUUGUAAAACUAACUAACUGCCUUCUGUUGGUCUGUUCCAACAGUCUUGACAGUUUUUCACUUAAAAACUGGUACGAUGAGCUAUUAUUUAGGUAAACCUACUUCCCUCAGUUCCUUCAUAGCUUCUCCUUUGCUAGGAUUUGUUUUAUUGUUCCCCAGUUUUCUUCAUUGAUAGGAUAGAGGAAAUGCAGAGGAGUGGAAAUGAAGCUUUGUUUCUCAAAUGUUUUGUUUGGUUUUGUGUUCAUUUUAUUAGGGGAUUGGGUUCUGUUUUUCUCUUUAUUUUGUGGUUCUAUUAUAUCAUUUGGUUUGUUGUUUUCCUCUUUGAUUUGUAACAGGUUUGUUGAACUGUUUGCUUUGCAUUGUGGAACAAGUUUAAGGGUUUUCGUGGAUAACUUAUGGAAGGUUUUUGGUAAGGCUGUCCAAAGUCUUUGUCAAAAGUCCAAGGUGAGCAGUUGAAUUUAAACCAUCCUCUUAUCCCUUUACUAAGUUGUGGUUAUGGAGGCUAAUAAACUGAUAUAGUAUGUAUUUUAAUCAGCUUCUUCUUUGGCAUGUUUCAUGAGGUUGGAGUUGAAUAAUAACAACACGAUGUUUCUGUCGUUGUAAUUAAUAAUUACUAUUGAAGUUGCUAUUUUUUGUAUGGUUUUCAUUUUUCUUUGUAGGUUGGUUGUUUGGCCAGAGAUUCUCUGAUUAUGUGACUUGGGGUGUGGUGGACAUUUAGGUUUUGGGGAGGGCUACCCCUGUUUUUGGCUAUAUUUUUAACUCACUUACUGUGAUAUCAUAUAAUUCCAUUUUUAACUAUGAUAUCAUAUAAUGCCGUUAUCUUUUGGAAAACAGCAUGGCUAUUCAAUGAGAUAGUAUUAAGGAUAGGGAUGAUGGCCUCCGCUAGUUGUUUGCCCAGAGAUAAUCUGGUUAGGAAACUUGUGGCGGUUUCUUCAUUUUAUAUUUAAAUUCGUUUGUUUAUACACACACUCCUUAGCAUCCGCCAAUUGGAGGAAUGAUGGCCAAUUCAUCUUUUGCUUUGAACCAAUGCAGAUUGUACAGAUUGUGAUGUAUAUUCCUCAUUGAGAGUUGGGCCAUGCACCCACGGUUCUCUUCCAAGCCUCAAAACUUAACAAGGAGUUGAUUCAAACACUCAUGGGCUGUACUACCAAAGGAUAUUUCCAGAGAGAUAUCAGAUAGGCCUGUGAGAGAUGAAACAGGUUUAAGCUUUUGGUAAUUCUGUUAAUCUAAUAUUCAGCUGUAAUUAAUUGACUGAAAAUCAUAGAGAUGAAAGUUGACACAAGUGACUCCUGUCUCUUUACCAAAUGGCUAUAGAUUCCGUAUCACUUCAUCCUUGUUUAAAGGCUGUGGACUGUAAGACUGUAUAGUAAAAAUUAGGAAAAAAAAAGGCUCUUGACUGUAUAAAGUUGCCCAAAGUUUCUUAUCAA